AUGGGAAUAACGUGUUCGACGCCGGAAGCGCAGGAGCAAAAACGAGUAAACGCGGUGAUUGAUCGGCAAUUGAAAAAAGACGAGGACAACGAGAGCGGCAAUCAGAAACUGCUCUUGUUGGGCACCGGAGAGUGCGGAAAAUCGACAAUUUUGAAGCAAAUCAAGUGAGCUUCAGAAACAAUUUUCUUUGGCUAUUCGGCACUGCAAUCGCGCACGCAGUUUAAGCGCGAAAACUUCAAACGGAUAAAUCUAAAUUGCGGCUUGACCAAUUGUUACGCUCGCAUCACGGUCUUCCACGGCGCGAAUGAUUUCAAUGGGGCGCACUUGCAACAGGCGAGCUGUGUCGAUUUACGCGGCAGCCGAUUAAUUAAUUUUCAACGGGAGUUCGCGUUCUUUCCAUGUUUUCUGCACAAUACACCUAUUUUUUCGUACGCCUGGAACCUGGAUUCGAAUAGUUAGAGCACUAGCUACGUUUUGGUAACAGAAAUCUCGCAUAUCGUUGAGAAUUAGCCGAGUUAUUUCGAUUUGAAGGUUUUGGCCUGGAUUUUGAUGUUUUUCGAAUAGUUUUCGAAAACUGCUCAAGAAAACUAACCGCCGGAACCUGAAUUUUGUGAAGAAAGAUUCAGCGAACAUUUUUAUCGUUCGUUGGGCUCAUGAAAUGCAAAAUGAGCUGAAAUAUAAAGGUUUGAAGUUUUGACGAAAUGCGAAAAAGACGCUAAAAACAUGAACAACUCUAAAUUCUGUAAAGAACGGUUUCCAAUCAGUAAAAUAUUGUUUUCUAGACGUUUUUCAAGUAAAAAAAAAAGAAAUAAGGGUCGUAAACUCGAAUUGAACUGCAUUUUUAGACCUGCAAAUUUUCAAAAGUUACAACGACACUCCGCAAUUUACGAGCGCACUGUGUUUAGCAUUAGCGCCCUGGGAGACCGUGGCAAAUGAGAAACUUUCGUGGCUAAUUUGGCGGGGCUCUCUGAAUUCGACGAAAAUCUUGAAAAAUUGCAGUAUACUCCACAACAGCGGCUACACAAAAUCCGACUUGCAAAGUAUGACGGGUGCCGUGUUCAGCAAUAUAAUUCAAGGAAUGGCCACUCUUUUGCGGGCCAGAGAGCACUUCAUGUACAAAUUGCAGUUCGACGCGAUCGAGGUGAGAGGAUGAGACGUUUUCACGUGUAGAAAACUGUAAAGCGAGACAUUUUCUAAAAAAUAACAAAUUCUUAUCAGAGUUGAGCAGAAGAACACGGAAGAAUUUUUAUCUUUUUUAGAAAAUUUUUUCAUGGAAUGUGAUCAACUGACGAAAUGUAUACCAAAGUGAACUCUGCUCAUAGAAAAAUAAUUGUAAAUUUAGCUUUUCAUACAAAAAAGUUAUUCGAGUACGGAAGACGGAAGGGCAUUUUCACGGAACAACUCGAAUAACUUUUUUGUAUGAAAAGCCAAAUUUACGAAUUAUUUUUCUACGUGCACAGUUCACUUUGCUAUACAUUUCGCCAGUUGAUCACAUUGCAUGAAAAAAUUUUCUAAAAAAGAUAAAAAUUCUUCCGCGUUCUUCCGUUGAGUUCUUCCGCUCAACUCUGAUUCUUAUUAUAAACAGGAAGACUCGCAGCACAUAAUCGCGUUGGCGGACAGUUGCAAAGUGGAACUUCCGUUCGUGCCGCUCACUUUCAACGCGUUGAUCCGGUUGUGGGGCGACGACGCUGUGCAGAGGACCUACGAGCGGAGGGCCGAGUUCCAGAUGAUGGACUCGCUUGUUUAGUACGUUUCUCGAUUGAUUUUCUAAAACAAUUCGCGUUCUCAGUUUCAUGGCCAAUCUGGAACGGAUAAAUAAGCCGGAUUACAUUCCGACGGUCGACGAUAUGCUCCGAGUGAGAACGCCCACGAUCGGAGUGGUUCAGACGACCAUCUCGAUCAAAGGCACCAUGUUUAGGUGGGUGCUUCUAAAAAUGGGUCUUGCCACGAAAAUGUCAAUUUUUCAGAAUAUACGACGUGGGCGGGCAACGAUCGGAACGUCGGAAAUGGAUUCAUUUGUUUGACAAUGUGAAUGCGACAAUAUUCAUUUCGGCCAUAAAUGAGUUUAACCAAAAACUGAACGAAGAUCGGGAACAGGUAAUCCAUACAGGCCUGUUGUUUUGACUCACUUGCAAGGAUCCGAUCGGGCCCAAACUUUGCAGGCUUUGUGGACUUGGACUGAAGCAUCUUGGAUCCAAGUUUCAGACCGAUCCAAUUAACUAGACCCGAGAUAUACUACAGUCCAAGUCCAAAAAGGCUGCAAGGUUCGGGCCCGAUCGGAUCCUUGCAAAUGGGUCAAAGGAACAGGCCUCAAAAAGCCUAAGGCGGCCUCUCGCCCUGUCCUGAUUCAAAAAAAAUAAUUACAGAACCGAAUGAAAGAGUCGAUCAAGUUGUUCGAGCAGAUUUGCAACUCGAAAUGGUUCAUACAGGCCGCAAUGAUUCUUUUUUUGAACAAACGGGAUUUAUUCGAGGAAAAAUUGAAAACCACCAGUAUUACGGUGCUUUUUUCCACUUAUCUAGGUGAGCACGCACUUUUCGAGCUUCAGGAAUAGGUUUGGGCAAAAAAUACCGAUUUUAUUGAUUUUUUCAUUGUUUUCCUAUUUUCAGGAUCAAAUGAAUACGAGGAAAGCGUGGCGUACAUCCAGAUGCGCUUCGAACGACUGAACAAACACUCGGAGACGAAGAAGAUCUACACGCACAUCACGUGCGCCACGGACACAAAUCAGAUACAAUUGGUCAUCGAUUCUGUUAUUGAUAUGGUUAUUGGCAGGAAUUUGAGAGGCACCGGCAUGGAAUAA